AUGGGUGCUUUUGGCUUGGUACAAUUUGGUCUCAUACUGUUGUCCACCAUCACCAUCUCCAGUCUUCAGUGUAAUCACCUUCAACUACAGCAAAGAAAAGUGAUUGAGAACAGCCUGCAACUUUUGGACAAAAUGGGCAAAACAUUUCCUCAACAAUGUCUAAGAGAAAAAAUGUCCUUCAGUUUUCCUGAGCAGGUUCUAAAGCCCAGGCAGAAAGACACUGUCAAAGUGGCCCUUGAAGAGAUCUUCCAACACAUUUUCUAUAUCUUUAGUCAAAACCUGACUCUAGCUGCCUGGGACAGGACAGCUUUGGAACAAUUCCAAAAUGGAAUUUAUCAGCAAAUUGAGCUAUUGGAGGCAUGUGUGAUCAAGAAGCAGACCCUCUACUUUAAGAGUAAAGAAGUCAACAGGCUGAAACUGAAGAAGUACUUCCAAAAAAUAGACUGUUUUCUUAAAGACAAACAACACAACCUUUGCUCCUGGGAAAUCAGCCGUGCAGAAAUGAGGAAAUGUCUUCAGUUGAUUGAUAAAGUCAUAUGGAAGCUUAACAACUAA